CAUGUAACAGCGUAAUGUGGGAUGACCCAAUGGACGAGAGAGAAAGUUGGGGCGAAUAAUUGGAGCUCCUCAAUCUAACACCAUACACGAUCACAACAUGACGUACAACGCAGUCGUGCCCCAACGCACGAAAGAGACAAAUAUCAGUGGCUUCACGCUUGAAUGUUAUCAGCAUCCGCCGAAGCACGCGUUUCAAACGCCCCCGUAUCGUUAUGAAUAUGAUGUAUACGCUCUGGGUAUGCUUUUGUUUAAAGUCGGGCUCUAGGAGAAGUUAAGAAACUACGAGGGAUUAUCACAGAGGGUCUAUUCCAAUCCUGAUU